AAAAUAACAGACAGUGGGCUAGAAAGGGCAUCUUACUUACUCACGAGAGAGCGGCUGGUGUGUGCUGUGGCCCCCGGUGGGGAGCUGGAGCGAGAGCAGUUGCCCUGGAAGGUGCGAGCAGAGCUUGAGACCACUUUGGAGAAGCAGCACAAGGGCAGUGAUCGCCUCGGUGGCCCCGCACGCCUAGUUUCCUUCCGCCUGAUUGGGGAUCUGCACCAGUACCCGAGAGAAAGGGAUGCCACACUGUACCUUCACACACUCCUAGAAGGCAGUGAAAUCUAUCUCCCAGAGGUGGUGAAGCCUCCUAGGAACCCAGAGCUAGUUGCCCGUGUGGAGAAAAUUAAGAUACAGUUGGCCAAUGAGGAAUAUAAGCAGAUCACCCGCAAUGUAACCUGUCAGGAUUUAAGGCAUGGUGGGAUUCUGAGUGACCUGGGCAAGGAAGUGAGGUCAGUGAAGGCUCUGGUCAUCACCAUCUUCAACUUCAUUGUCACGGUGGCGUCUGCCUUCGUCUGCACUUACCUUGGAAGCCAGUAUGUCUUCACAGAAAGGGCCUUGCGGAUACUGGCUACAUUGAUCGUCACCUCUGUGGUGGGUCUGGCCGAGCUGUACGUCAUGGUGCGGGCGAAGAAAGGCGAGUUGGGAGAGAUAUAA